CCGCGGAACUCAAAAUCAACUAUAGAGUGAAAAAAUCGAACGCCCUAAAACCAAUUUCAAUUCCGUGUUACCCCGACCCCUCCCCGUUGGCUUCUCCAACUCCUUCCCUCUUUGUUCAUUCACCGGCACAAUUCGAACUUCAAUCUGUGUCUCCGUUUUCGAAUCAAAGAUGGAAACUUUGAAGCUUCUCGAUUUGAAAUUACGUUUGGAAUUCUAACAGCAAUGCACGAAUUCAGGGUUUUCUGUUGAUGAUCUCAAGCCGAGUUUCUGAACAAAUUGAUGGAUUUUUUGCGAGUUUCUGUCACUGAAGCGAGUCUUUGAAGCCUCAGGAGUCGGUUGGUUGGUGAAAUUCAAACAACUGUUUGGGAAUUUAUUGUUUUGAGUUGACAUGCAUUGCUUAUGGUUCUGAAGAAAUUGAUUGUUUUUUUUUUUCGUGGUUUUUGUGCUUGGAAAUUGAUAUACGAAGCUUCAGGCAUAGUUCAGAGUCGGUGGUUUUAGUUUGAUCCGAGUGGCUCGGUUCUGGGAGAGAUUGAUCGAAUAUUUCUUGCGGUUUCCGUGGGCAGAAUCUGCGCCGAAGCUCGUGAAAUUGAAUGGAGGCUGGUAUUCGAAGGGCAAUUCGCGGCUGAUCGAUUUGUAUUGUUUGCAUUAGCUUGUGUUUUUGAAGAAAUUGGCAGAGUUUUGGUUGUUCGGGAGUGCUUGAAGUGAUUUUUCUGGGUCUUCUCUACUUGGAGUGAAGAUCUGGCUUGAAAAAAAAGUGUGAUGGACUACGGGCUUUCUGAUAGCAGUGGAACAGAUGAUGACCUUCCUCCUUCACAUCAGAAUAGAUUUUCAAGAGGGGGUCGUGCCUCUGGGAAUGGAAGAUCUGGAGUUUUAGGUUCUGCUCCUUUCCCAAGGAUGCACGGUGAUAUGGAGGCCCAGAUCCACCAUAUUGAGCAAGAAGCCUACAGUUCAGUCCUGCGUGCUUUUAAAGCUCAAUCUGACGCAAUUACUUGGGAGAAGGAAAGUUUAAUUACAGAACUUAGAAAAGAGUUGAGAGUAUCAGAUGAGGAACACAGGGAACUUCUAUCGAGAGUUAAUGCUGAUGACAUCAUCAGGAGUAUAAGAGAGUGGAGAAAGGGAGGCGGUCUCCAACAUGGCAUGGCUGCUCAGCCUGUACAUGAAUCCAUACCUAGCCCCACUGUUUCAGCAUCCCGCAAGAAACAGAAGACAUCACAGUCGAUAGCUUCCUUAUCCUUGGGUGCUCCAUCUCCGGCAUUGCAUCCAACUAUGCAGCCAUCUUCAUCAGCCCUAAAACAUGCUCCUACACCAAGAUCCAAGAGCAAGAAGACAAAACCAUACCCUUCUGCAGGUCUUACUGGAAGGCCCCAACUCGCUAAUCGUGGUUCUUCAGGUGCCUUUGUGGGAAAUGAAGCUGCUGAAGGUACAACCUAUGAUCCAUUAAUUGGAAAGAAGGUAUGGACAAGGUGGCCUGAAGACAACCACUUCUAUGAGGCUGUGAUUACUGACUACAAUCCUGUUGAGGGACGGCAUGCUCUGGUUUAUGAUAUUAAUACAACAAAUGAAACGUGGGAAUGGGUCAAUCUAAAAGAGAUAUCCCCUGAAGAUAUUAGGUGGGAAGGUGAUGAGUCUGGAAUGUCUCGUAGAGGUAGCCGUCCUGGACCAGGCCGUGGGAUGAAAAAGUCCAUGGCACGUGGAGGUGCUGUUACUGGUGCUGGAAGGGGUAGAGGAACUCCCAAGGGUCAAUCCAAGAAAGUUUUUCCUCCAUCCCAGAAUGGCCUUGAGAAGAAGGAUGAUAGUUCCCUGGAAAUAUAUAACACCGACUCUCUAAUUAAGGAGGUGGAGAGAGUUGUCACCACAGCUAAUCCUGAUUCUGUGCAAAUUCUGGAAGUCAAGAAAAUGCUGAAGGAGCAAGAACAAGCCCUGGUUGAUAUAAUUGCAAAGCUUGAUGAAGCAUCUGAUGGCGAAAGCGAGGAGGCAGGAGAACGGCAGGAAGAUGAAGCUGGUGGCGAAGGUAGAGUAGCUAAAGGUUCGAACAGUGAAAAAAUGGCUGGAGAAGAAGGGAGAGCUGCAUCCGAUGAGGGACAUGACGUGCAAUUGUAGCUUCCUUACAUGUCAAUAAUUAAGUCCCAACUGUACCAUUCCCCGCCCGAAACACAGCCAGACUGAUGGAUAACACCCCUAGGUAGUUAAGAUUUAGAGUAGGUUGUAUGAUCCUAUUCAUUGUAACUGUAAUUUAACUUUGGGAAUUCUGGGAUUGUAUUUAUGUAAAGGAUUAUUCCAAACAGUUGUAGCUUCUGAUCAUGUAAAGAUUGUUCUCAAUA